UUUUAUCCAUUCAAUCUCAUCGUGAAUGCGAAGCAUUGUUUGUACCGCGGCAGCUGUAAUUGUUUACAUUACAUUAUUGACAGAAAGUUUAUUUACAUACAUACAUCAGUUUCGUGGAAAUAAAAUGCAUUAAAAUGCGUUUGCGCGGCCGUAUUGCGUAUAAAUGUUUAACUCUAAUCGUGGCUGCAGUGAUUAUAUUACUGAUUUGCAUAGAUUACUUUGCGCCCAGCGGUAAAAGAGAUGAGUUUCUGACGCACCUGCCACCACUAGAGAGAGACGUGUCACAGGAGCAGACAGCAACACAAAAUGUGGAAACUGUUGUCCAACUGAGUAGAUUAGUGAAUUUAACCGACUUUAAAUAUGAAAUGCCGAAUAAUGUGUGUCGCAAGCAUGAUAAAGGGCUGCUGGCCAUCAUUAUUGUGACAUCUUACGCCGGACAUGAUGAGUUGCGUGCGGCACACCGUUUAGCAGUGCCACAAAGCAAACUGGCGGAAAUGGGCAUGCAACGCAUAUUCCUGCUGGCUAAAUUGCCCACUACGGAGAAAUUCAUUACACAAAAGCAACUGCUGGAUGAGCAGCAACGCUUUGGCGAUCUAGUGCAGGGCAGUUUUCAAGAAGCUUAUCACAAUCUGAGCUAUAAGCAUGUUAUGGGUCUAAGGUGGGCAGCCACCGAAUGUACGAAUGCCAAAUUUAUUAUUAAAAUAGAUGAUGAUAUUAUAUAUGAUGUCUUCCACUUUCGCCGCUACUUGGAAUCGCUGGAAGUACAACAGCCUACUUUAAUUGCCUCCCAAGCAUAUUUGGCCGGUUAUGUGCUCAAUGGUAGACCGCCUGUUCGUAAUAUUGCCAAUAAAUGGUACGUCUCUGAAAAGGAUUGGCCUAAAGCAACAUAUCCCGCCUAUCUCUCGGGCUGGCUGUAUAUUACUAAUCCGUCAACAGCUUUACGACUGGCGGAGGAAGCACAACAAACGCCAUUCUUCUGGAUUGAUGACACUUGGGUCACGGGUAUUUUGCGUGAGAAAUUAAAUAUAUCGAUGCAACAUUUAAAUGCUUGGUACUCGGCUAAUGCGGAGUUUAUGGAUUGUUGCGUACGUGAUCUGAAGAGCCAGAGUAGCUAUGAAUGUGAAUACUUUGUUGGGCCUAACGGUGGUGAUAACAAAAUGUUGGUCGAAUUUUUACACAACGUAGAGAAAUGUUACUUUGAUGAAUGUAGCAAACGGCCACCGGAAAAGUCAUUGAAGAAGACUUGUGUAGGAAGUGCAAAGCAUUUAUUGCCAGACCACGGCAGCGGACAAGUGAAGCAAGUUGCUUUGUAACGCUGAAACGGGCUAAAUGCUAUUGUGAUAGGAAUCUCAAGAGUAACGUCCAUAUUUUGUAUAUCAUAUACUCAAUAAGAUAGACUGUAACGUUUUUAAUACGUAUAUACAUAAAUAUAUAUAUAUAUAUAUAUAUAUGUAUUUAAUUAUAACUAUUUGAUAGUGCAGCUUUUUAUACUACUUUAUAUUAUUGAUUUUCGAUAAUUGACAAAGAAAUUUACCAUUUUUCAAAUGUUAUUUAAGUUAAUACUGUAAUAACUGACAU